AUGUUGAUGAUGAUUAAUCUUCUCUCUUAUCAAUGCAUUGCUGUUCUUGUUCUUGUUCUCGUUCUCUCUUUUCCUUCAUUAAUAAUUUGCCAGAUACCAGCUGCUAAUUACAAACCCACCUUUGAUGUUUCUACACUCAACCGAACCAGCUUUCCUAAGCAUUUCAUCUUCGGGGCUGCUUCAUCUGCUUAUCAGUAUGAAGGCGGAGUCCAUUCCAGAGGCAGGAGUAUCUGGGAUACUUUUACUCAUGAACACCCAUGGAAAAUAGCGGACGGUUCUAACGCUGAUGUUGCACUUGAUUCAUAUCAUCGUUAUAAAGAAGAUUUAGAGAUCUUGGAAAGCAUGGGGAUGGACUCUUACCGAAUGUCAAUAGCCUGGACUAGAAUACUACCUAAGGGAACUCUUAAGGGUGGUAAGGACGAAGAGGGCAUACGAUAUUACAGAAAGCUCAUUGAGGAUCUCGAAGCCAAAGGUAAAAAGCCCUUUGUGACUAUAUUUCAUUGGGAUGUUCCUCAAGUCCUGGAAGACAAGUAUAUGGGUUUUCUCAGUCCCCAAAUUGUGAAAGAUUAUGUAGACUAUGCAGAGGUUUUGUUUGAAGAAUUUGGAGAAAAGGUGCAAAAUUGGAUAACUUUCAACUAACCAUACAUGUUCACGAUUGGUGGCUACGUAAAUGGUAGUUUGGCACCUGGUCGUAGCUCCCCUUGGCUAACACAAUUUAAUUCCACCCACGGGGAUUCUUCGGCUGAACCUUAUUUGGUUGCUCACCAUAUACUUCUUGCUCAUGCUGCUGUUGUCAAAUUAUAUCGUGAAAAAUAUAAGG